GCAUCUAUCUCCUUGGCUCUCUCAGAGCGUGUGUACUGGGACUCAGAGCUGCGGAUCCCCACGGCCAGCUUCGAGGAGGUCCUUCACGACGACAAGGCCGCCCUAGCCUGGCUGCUGGCUCUACGCCGCGUGGGCAUCGUCUACCUGAAGGGGGCGCCGGUGGAGCAGGGUCAGGUGGCCCGCCUCAGCCAGAGGAUCGGAUACCUCCGACUGACGUUCUAUGGGUGAGAAACCAUGCCCUCUGACUGUAUUAGCGUCAUACACUCUUAAGCCAAACCACAGUGAUAUAAUUUCAUAUGAAUCUAUAAGCUCUGCAUUUCCCACACAGCUUUAUAUUCCCACCGCAGUAGAUUCACUAGGGUGCGUUUGUUGAACUUUGCCGUCAUGUCCGAUUUUCCUAAAUAUGAUAAUUAUAGAAACCAUUGCUACUCUCAACUAUCCGCUCCUUUGUAUACUGAGGAUAACAUGGACAGCCUGGUUAAACCAGACUGAAUGCUACACUCACUAUUAUUGCCUGGAUUAACCAGAAGUUUAAUGGACAUGCAACCGAAUUGAGUUUUGGUAGGUAGGCCUCAGUCCAUCUUAACUCGGACUGAUCUAGUUCAGUAAUGCUUGCACAGGGACAAAGACUGGGAGGCCAGUCCAAAAUGUAUCCAGGGGACGUUAAGCCAGAGGUAUUACCCGAUACACUCAAUCAAAGCUGAGGUUGGAACAACAAGCAUCCCACAGCCAGCAGUUUAGCCCAGGUCGGUGGAAGCUAACAGCUGCGAACCAAAGUAAGAGAAAUGUCAUUAAAGAAGCUGCAGUUUUUGUUUAUUGUAAAAAAUAAAACAAAAAGACAAAAAGAAGCUGCAGUAUUUGUCUUCCACAAUCAACAACCCAAGAGACAACAAAAUACCAGGGCACAUAUUUGCAUAUAUUUGAGCACAGAGACUCCAUGCCAAGAGCAAAGAAGACACCUAGUAUAAUUGACAUACUAUUUCAUCAGCAUCCAUUUAACAAACGCUAUAAAUGUAGGACGAUGAGUAACUUUUUCCAUGUCCUGUUGCUCUUGAACCUUUUUAAUCUUUCCAAAGACAAUGCCUUGGUCAUUAGUGCUCAACACCUUUGUGAUUACAUAAUUUGUCAAUAAUCAUUAAUAAUGGACCUUUCUCAACUUUUCUCAUUCCUUCCUCAGGCACACAUGGCAGGUGCAGGACAAACCCCAGGCUAACAACGUGGCCUACACCUCUGGCAAACUCUGUCUCCACACUGACUAUCCAGCACUGCACUACCCACCUGGAGUGAGUAGACAGGAUCCACCGUCAUCUUCAUGAAAUCUACAUUAAUCCUCUCCUUUCCCACUAUCAGUCAGACACCUGAGUCACAUCUGGAUAAAACACUCUUGCACACACACACACACACACACACACAUACAGUGAGGGGAAAAAAGUAUUUGAUCCCCUGCUGAUUUUGUAUGUUUGCCCACUGACAAAGACAUGAUCAGUCUAUAAUUUGAAUUGUAGGUUUAUUUGAACAGUGAGAGACAGAAUAACAACAAAAAAAUCCAGAAAAACGCAUGUCAAAAAUGUUACAAAUUGAUUUGCAUGUUAAUGAGGGAAAUAAGUAUUUGACCCCUCUGCAAAACAUGACUUAGUACUUGGUGGCAAAACCCUUGUUGGCAAUCACAGAGGUCAGACGUUUCUUGUAGUUGGCCACCAGGUUUGCACACAUCUCAGGAGGGAUUUUGUUCCACUCCUCUUUGCAGAUCUUCUCCAAGUCAUUAAGGUUUCGAGGCUGACGUUUGGCAACUCGAACCUUCAGCUCCCUCCACAGAUUUUCUAUGGGAUUAAUGUCUGGAGACUGGCUAGGCCACUCCAGGACCUUAAUGUGCUUCUUCUUGAGCCACUCCUUUGUUGCCUUGGCCGUGUGUUUUCGGUCAUUGUCAUGCUGGAAUACCCAUCCACGACCCAUUUUCAAUGCCCUGGCUGAGGGAAGGAGGUUCUCACCCAAGAUUUGACGGUACAUGGCCCCGUCCAUCAUCCCUUUGAUGCGGUGAAGUUGCCCUGUCCCCUUAGCAGAAAAACACCCCCAAAGCAUAAUGUUUCCACCUCCAUGGUUGACGGUGGGGAUGGUGUUCUUGGGGUCAUAGGCAGCAUUCCUCCUCCUCCAAACACAGCGAGUUGAGUUGAGUCCACAACACUUUCACCCAGUUCUUCUCUGAAUCAUUCAGAUGUUCAUUGGCAAACUUCAGACAGCCCUGUAUAUGUGCUUUCUUGAGCAGGGGGACCUUGCGGGCGCUGCAGGAUUUCAGUCCUUCACGGCGUAGUGUGUUACCAAUUUUUUUCUUGGUGACUAUGGUCCCAGCUGCCUUGAGAUCAUUGACAAGAUCCUCCUGUGUAGUUCUGGGCUGAUUCCUCACCGUUCUCAUGAUCAUUGCAACUCCACGAGGUGAGAUCUUGCAUGGAGCCCCAGGCCGAGGGAGAUUGACAGUUAUUUUGUGUUUCUUCCAUUUGCAAAUAAUCGCACCAACUGUUGUCACCUUCUCACCAAGCUGCUUGGCGAUGGUCUUGUAGCCCAUUCCAGCCUUGUGUAGGUCUACAAUCUUGUCCCUGACAUCCUUGGAGAGCUCUUUGGUCUUGGCCAUGGUGGAGAGUUUGGAAUCUGAUUGAUUGAUUGCUUCUGUGGACAGGUGUCUUUUAUACAGGUAACAAACUGUGAUUAGGAGCACUCCCUUUAAGAGUGUGCUCCUAAUCUCAGCUCAUUACCUGUAUAAAAACCACCUGGGAGCCAGAAAUCUUUCUGAUUGAGAGGGGGUCAAAUACUUAUUUCCCUCAUUAAAAUGCAAAUCAAUUUAUAACAUUUUUGACAUGCGUCUUUCUGGAUUUUUUUGUUGUUAUUCUGUCUCUCACUGUUCAAAUAAACCUACCAUUAAAAUUAUAGACUGAUCAUUUCUUUGUCAGUGGGCAAACGUACAAAAUCAGCAGGGGAUCAAAUACUUUUUUCCCUCACUGUACAUACACACAUACAUACACAAACACUACCAGUCAAAGGUUUGGAUACACCUACUCAAGGGUUUUUCUUUAUUUUGACAGUUCUUUACAUUGUAGAAUAAUAGUGAAGACAUCAAAACUAUGAAAUAACACAUAUGGAAUCAUGUAGUAACCAAAAAAGUGUUAAACAAAUGCAUUUUAUAUUUGAGAUUCUUCAAAUAGCCACCCUUUGCCUUGAUGACAGCUAUGCACACUCUUGGCAUUCUCUCAACCAGCUUCAUGAGGUAGUCACAUUUAACAGGUGUGCCUUCUUAAAAGUUAAUUUGUGGAAUUUCUUUCCUUCUGAAAGCGUUUGAGCCAAUCAGUUGUGUUGUGACAAGGUAUGGUGGGUAAACAGAAGAUAGCCCUAUUUGGUAAAAGACCAAGUCCAUUUUAUGGCAAGAACAGCUCAAAUAAGCAAAGAGAAACAACAGUCCAUCAUUACUUUAAGACAUGAAGGUCAAUACGGAACAUUUCAAGAACUUUUAAAGUUUCUUCAAGUGCAGUUCGCAAAAAUCAUCAAGUGCUAUGAUGAAACUGGCUCUCAUGAGGACCGCCACAGGAAUGGAAGACCCAGAGUUACCUCUGCUGCAGAGGAUAAGUUCAUUAGAGUUACCAGCCUCAGAAAUUGCAGCCCAAAUAAAUGCUUCACAUCAACUGUUCAGAGGGGACUGUGUGAAUCAGGCCUUCAUGGUCGAUUGCUGCAAAGAAACCACUAUAAAGGACACAAAUAAUAAGAAGAGACCUGCUUGGGCCAAGAAACACGAGCAAUGGACAUUAGACCGGUGGAAAUUUGUCUGGAUUGGAGAUUUUUGGUUCCAACCGCUGUGUCUUUGUGAGAUGCGGUGUGGGUGAACGGAUGAUCUCCGCAUGUGUAGUUCCCACCCUAAAGCAUGGAGGAGGAGGUGAUAUUGUGUGGGGGUGCUUUGCUGGUGACACUGUCUGUGAUUUAUUUAGAAUUCAAGGCACUCUUAACCAGCAUGGCUACCACAGCAUUCUGCAGCGAUAUGCCAUCCCAUCUAGGGACUAUCAUUUGUUUUUCAACAGGACUAUGACCCAACACACCUCCAGGCUGUGUAAGGGUUAUUUGACCAAGAAGGAGAGUGAUGGAGUGCUGCAUCAGAUAACCUGGCCUCCACAAUCCCCCGACCUCAACCCAAUUGAGAUAGUUUGGGAUGAGUCGAACGGCAGAGUGAAGGAAAAGCAGCCAACAAGUGCUCAGCAUAUGUGGGAACUCCUUCAAGACUGUUGGAAAAGCAUUCCAGGUGAAGCUGGUUUGGAGAAUGCCAAGAGUGUGCAAAGCUGUCAUCAAGACAAAGGGUGGCUACUUUGAAGAAUCUCAAAUCUAUUUGUUUAACACUUUUUUGGUUACUACAUGAUUCCAUAUGUGUUAUUUAAUAGUUUUGAUGUCUUCACUAUUAUUCUACAAUGUAGAAAAUAGUAAAAAUAAAGAAAAACCCUUGAAUGAGUAGGUGUGUCCAAACUUUUGACUGGUACUGUAUAUACACUGCUCAAAAAAAUAAAGGGAACACUUAAACAACACAAUGUAACUCCAAGUCAAUCACACUUCUGUGAAAUCAAACUGUCCACUUAGGAAGCAACACUGAUUGACAAUAUAUUUCACAUGCUGUUGUGCAAAUGGAAUAGACAACAGGUGGAAAUGAUAGGCAAUUAGCAAGACACCCUCAAUAAAGAAGUGGUUCUGCAAGUGGUGACCACAGACCACUUCUCAGUUCCUAUGCUUCCUGGCUGAUGUUUUGGUCACUUUUGAAUGCUAGCGGUGCUUUCACUCUAGUGGUAGCAUGAGACAGAGUCUACAACCCACACAAAUGGCUCAGGUAGUGCAGCUCAUCCAGGAUGGCACAUCAAUGCGAGCUGUGGCAAGAAGGUUUGCUGUGUCUGUCAGCGUAGUGUCCAGAGCAUGGAGGCGCUACCAGGAGACAGGCCAGUACAUCAGGAGAUGUGGAGGAGGCCGUAGGAGGGCAACAACCCAGCAGCAGGACCGCUACCUCCGCCUUUGUGCAAGGAGGAGCAGGAGGAGCACUGCCAGAGCCCUGCAAAAUGACCUCCAGCAGGCCACAAAUGUGCAUGUGUCUGCUCAAACGGUCAGAAACAGACUCCAUGAGGGUGGUAUGAGGGCCCGACGUCCACAGGUGGGGGUUGUGCUUACAGCCCAACACCGUGCAGGACGUUUGGCAUUUGCCAGAGAACACCAAGAUUGGCAAAUUCGCCACUGGCGCCCUGUGCUCUUCACAGAUGAAAGCAGGUUCACACUGAGCACAUGUGACAGACGUGACAGAGUCUGGAGACGCCGUGGAGAACGUUCUGCUGCCUGCAACAUCCUCCAGCAUGACCGGUUUGGCGGUGGGUCAGUCAUGGUGUGGGGUGGCAUUUCUUUGGGGGGCCGCACAGCCCUCCAUGUGCUCGCCAGAGGUAGCCUGACUGCCAUUAGGUACCGAGAUGAGAUCCUCAGACCCCUUGUGAGACCAUAUGCUGGUGCGUUUGGCCCUGGGUUCCUCCUAAUGCAAGACAAUGCUAGACCUCAUGUGGCUGGAGUGUGUCAGCAGUUCCUGCAAGAGGAAGGCAUUGAUGCUAUGGACUGGCCCGCCCGUUCCCCAGACCUGAAUCCAAUUGACCACAUCUGGGACAUCAUGUCUCGCUCCAUCCACCAACGCCACGUUGCACCACAGACUGUCCAGGAGUUGGCGGAUGCUUUAGUCCAGGUCUGGGAGGAGAUCAUAAGGAGCAUGCCCAGGCGUUGUAGGGAGAUCAUACAGGCACGUGGAGGCCACACACACUACUGAGCCUCAUUUUGACUUGUUUUAAGGACAUUACAUCAAAGUUGGAUCAGCCUGUAGUGUGGUUUUCCACUUGAAUUUUGAGGGUGACUCCAAAUCCAGACCUCCAUGGGUUGAUAAAUUUGAUUUCCAUUGAUAAUUUUUGUGUGAUUUUGUUGUCAGCACAUUCAACUAUGUAAAGAAAAAAGUAUUUAAUAAGAUUAUUUCAUUCAUUCAGAUCUAGGAUGUGUUGUUUAAGUGUUCCCUUUAUUUUUUUGAGCAGUGUAUAUAAGCAGUUUACUGCACAAAGUCCCCACCCCCUACGUAUUGUAAGACGUAUGUAUCCUGUAUGGGAUGGCUGUUAGCAACAGUACUAAUAUCCUGUAUGGCUGUUUGCAGGUGCAGUUCCUGCAUUGCCUGUGCCAGGCUGGCGAGGGCGGGGAGAGUGAAGCGGUGGAUGGCUUCCACAUGGCAGAUCAACUGAGGAGAGAAGACCCCGAGGCCUUCAGGACCCUCACCUCCCUGCGGGUGGACUUCACAGACACAGGGUCCGACUACUGCGACUUCAUAGUGCAGUCCAAGAACCACAUCAUAGAGUGAGUGAGUGCCGCACCAUUAAAAUACAUAAGACAUGGAUGCAUUGGUCUGUUUUUCGCACACAUAAGAGCCAUCACUCAGCUUACAUAUUAAUAUGACCUGACAGGAGGUCAGUCUAGAACUGCUCCAGGUAGCACAUGGACCAAAAUACACACACACACACACACACACACGGACACUCACUCACUCACACUUACAUUCUCAGGAUGAUCUUAAAGCUACAUGAAUGUGAUUUAGGAGCUUGAUGGAUAUGUGUCGCCAUCUGCUGCUCAGAAUGUAAACCGCAGUAUCAAUGUAUAAUACACAACCUGCAACCAAUGUUCCCUCUAAGCUGUGUGCAGGCGCGCAGAUCCCAUCGGACUGCUGCGCACAAUAAAUAUCAGCCCGCGCAGAGAAGCACGAGAUUGAACUUCACACAACUUUCUAGAGUUUUCCCCUUUAGUUAACACUAUCAACGUUUCGCUCUACUGUGGGAAUUGUGCUCAAAUCAAUGCAAUAUUAGCCACUUUCAAUGUAACAUACAGAAACAAAACAAACUAUGCAAGACUUUAGUAUGCAAAACUAACUGUACAAGAGGAUUUUCUUGUAGGAAGAGCGCAUUGGUGUAGGAUUCAAUUGCGUUGACAGGCACGACUCAGGACAAUACUCUACACCAGGGUUCUUCAAUUCCGGUCCUGGAGGGCCGAAACACCUCUGUUUUUCAUCCUCUCCUUCUAAUCAGGGGCUAAUUCAGACCUGGGACACCAGGUGAGUGCAAUUAACUACCAGGUAGAAAUAAAAAACAGAAGUGUUUCGGCCCUCCAGGACCGGAAUUGAAGAACCCUGCUCUACACAGACCGGUGCGCCAUGAACAAUCAGAGCUGCAGUAGGCCUAUAUGCAAAUAGCCAUUGCCAUAUAUGGAUCUGUGCCAUUCACUUUGAACUGGACUGUGUUUACAGCGUGCGUGGUUGUGAGUAGAUGCGCUUGUUUUGAGAUCAAAGCGAGAGCUGCAUGUAGCCACCUGUGCACAUUUGUUCAUACUCUUUGCUACUGCAUGUAGCCACCUGUGCACAUUUGUUCAUACUCUUUGCUAGUUAGUGAGUUAUUAGCCCAGUUAUAGCAAUUUUUUGGUCAACAGUGCUUCCUACAAGAGCACAAAAUGUGUGCAUUUCUAGCCAUCUUUGAAAAGCUAGUCAGGUAAAGAGCUAUUUUUUUAUGUCUUAAAGGGGCAGUGUUGUAUUUUGAGACGGUCUUGAAUAAGCUAAGUGGAUAAACAGGUUAAUGUCAAGCUCUGCAUGUUUUUUUCAAAAGUCUCAUGGAAUGUAGACCUACUUUGUACACCACACAUUUGCUGCUACUGUAGGCUGAAUGAUAGAACAGCUAUUUCCAUGUUAAAAUGUUAUGGGAUGCAUUUUUCUCCAUGGUUUUGAUGGUAGGCCACUCUAGUAGGCCUACAUUAUGAUCAAGUAGCCUACUUGGCCAUUGUUAAAACUGUAACUUAAAGCGGGAACAGCCUCAGUGUUCACAGUAAACACGUCCCGGAAGUUGCACAGAAUGUUGCUCAGUGAAAUUUGGUCAGUGCCCAAAAAAUGUUGAUGGAACAUUGCCUGCAACUGAUGGUUGAGAAGAUUAUUUUAAGUGAGCAAGCAAGGUCACUGUGGGAAUUUCUAUUUACUGAUCUUAUACGAUUGUACCAGAUAUGAGCAUCGGACACUUGACAACUGCUGAGUCUUAUUAUGCAACAAGACCUAGAUGUCCAUCAUGCAGUCAUUUUCAUAGUUUCUAAAGGUUGACACACACACACUCACUAACAGUGGCACCCCUCCUCUCUCUGUGCAGUGUUGACAGUGAUGGGCGGGUGGUCCGGAUCAACUACAACAAUGCCACCAGGGACUCUGUGCUGGACCUCCCCCUGCACCAGGUCCAGGCCUUCUACAGCUCCCUCAAGGCCUAUGUCCAGCUGAUGACGCGACCAGAAAACGUGCUCACCUACAAGAUGGAGCCUGGUUAGUGUGUGUGCGUGAGUGUGCCCCUUCAAGAUUAGCAGUUAAAGUGACGCUUCCCUGGAUAAAAGUUGGCAAUAUGAGUAGGAUUGCAUUGUAAAAUAUUGCAUUCAUUGUAGUUCCAAAUGUUGUAGAGGUGGUAGACUUACCUACCGUCUAUGACUAUUGGUUAUCUUUUAUGUGUCAAACUGUAGUAGCACAUGAGAGGUAGCCUAUACGUUUGAACUUUCAUCUUGAAGUAUCUGUAUAACAUGGGUGAGUACUGAGUCGGCAUAUCCCUCCACCACCUCCUGCAGGCGACCUGGUUACCUUUGACAACUGGCGCCUGCUCCAUGGGCGGAAGAGCUAUCUGAGCCACCCAGACCGGGUGAGACACCUGGAGGGAGCCUACCUGGACUGGGACGAAGUCAUGUCUCGCCUGCGGAUACUCUGCAAGUCUGUCAAUGGAGAGAGCUAG